AUGCAUCUUCUCAACACGUCGACACUGAGGCUGGAGGACUUUGUUAUAGCUACCCCUGAUAUAUGCCAUUCCAUCGCUCGCGUAGGUGAUGAUGAGGUCACGUUUAACGAAAUCAAUUUGCCAAACGGCAAAGGUAUGGGAAGGCGCAACCGACGGUUCGGCGCGAGUCGGCUCGGCGGUCGCGGUCGCAAUCGCAGACAUGUGAACAUGGGAACUUGCCCAGGGCCAUGCCAUGGUGCGCGCAACACGUCAAACGACGACUCCUCCCCCACCGUCUCUCCCACGAUCACGCCUGAAGAUACUUGGACAACGCCUGAUGGGGAUGCAAAUGCAGAUGCGGAUGCGACUGCUUACAGGCACCGCUAUCCCCCCUCGCCCGAACAAUCACUUCACCUUCAGCAACCACUGACCGCAAUCCGCACCACCUCUCGACCUUCUGCCCCAGCACCACCUCACGCAGCCAAGGUGGAGACGUUGUCGCUUCAGCCGUUCGCGGGGCUUGCGGGUGCUACGGCCACACGUCCCGCCAUGGACGACAAGGACCCGCCGCCAUUUGGCUACACCUUCAGUGACUUCUUCGAGGGCGCCCCGUCGACGUUAGACAGCACGGGGCAGUCGUUGCUCACUGACAUGGAAAACCAGUCCCUCGCCGACUUCUUCUCAAGUACCGACCCGUUCCAUCUAGCCGACCCGCAACCCUUUGCUUCCGCCACAGAUACAAAGGAUAUCGCACACGACUACAACCACUGGGAAUCCUUCAUAGCUCCCGCCACAGUUCACGGCGUGACUACCACCAUCCCAGACUACGCACACCUCCAUUAUGGUUAUCAGAGCGACCAGAGCUUUGCGCAGCCGUCCUUGCCUACGCAUGACGAUCUACAGGCAGCCUCGACCCUCUUCAACAACUCCCAGCCUUCGUAUUCCAACGGCAGGUCACUCAGUUUUAAUGCCCUGCCACCCUCAAAUAGAACCGCGACCACGACCACCAACGGCGCUUCAGACUCGAGCAAACCCCCCGUACCCAUGGUUGUCACAUCGCAUGGCUUAAUUAAUGAGCAACUGGCGGCCUUGAUACCGAAUCAUUCUGAGGAAGGCACUCUGGACGCGCAGCUUGCGGCAGAGUGGGCUGCUAGCAAUGCUCAACAGCAACACGAGGCCGAAUUUGGCCCUCUAUUGCAUAAACCCAGCUUAAAAAGGUCCUACACCUUUGGCACAGACAACUCGUUCAACAGCCCCUCUGGCUAUUCAGCACCAAGUGGCCAAGAAUCUGAAGAGCAAAUAACACGACGUUUAAUACGCGGAGUGAUGCACACCCAGCCCAUUCCUCAAGUGAUGACACGCGUCGAGAGACCGGCUACUAGUCCCACUGGGCAUGGCCACCUGUCGUCUGUGCUUGCCGAUAACCAAAGCGACGACGAGCAGUCAGAGGAGCCUAGCUCAGAAGAGGAGGAGGGCGACCGGCCAGUCAAGAAGCGGAGAAGGAGCAAGUUUCCAGUUGGGAAAGAGAGCCCACGGAAAACCGCGCGUAAUGGCAAGAAUCCCAAAGCAUCUCCCGCCGACGAGAGUAGCAAGAAGAAGCGGUCGUCCGCCGCCGCCGCAAAGUUGCAACGCGAAAACCUGACCGAGGCACAAAAGCGCAGCAAUCACAUUCUCUCUGAACAGAAGCGCCGCAAUCUUAUCAAGCGAGGAUUCGAGGACCUGCAUGACCUCGUGCCAGAGAUCCGCAACGGAGGUUUGAGCAAGAGUAGCGUCCUAACAGAGGCUGCAAACUUCUUGGAGAAACUCAUCCAAGAUAAUAAUUCUUUCUGGAGCCUCGCCAGUAAUGCUCCAGUGACGGCCUCGGGUUGA